UAGGGGUUCCUGGUUACUAAGAUGGGUUAGAUGACGUCUCUGGAACUAGUUUGGGGUUUUGGUUUGCUAACGGAAUGGACUUCACGGAAACCUCUGUGAUAUUACUGUGGAAAUGAACCGCCCUGGAAUCUGUUACUGCUCAUUGUGUUCCGCGGUGUCGAUCAUUCUGGUUUUUUUCUUUUCAUGAGCAUGAAUGCAGAAGCGAUCGUGCUUACGUCAUCUCGGAGGACAGGCUGCUGUGAAGGAUCGGAUGGUGGAAAAGGGAAGAAGUUCGGCAUCAUAGGAACAACAUCUUGAUGCAUUUUGUUUGAUUGGAGAUUUAAACGUCCUUUUGUUGUUCAGUAGACUAGUCCUUGAGCAAAAAUUUGGUAACGACUAGUAACAGCCACUGACCACUUUUCCUUGGGUCAUGUUGUUACUUGUUCUUUCUUGAUUAUGGUUUUUUUCCUUUGUCUCAUUCACCAGUUUUUUUGUUUCCAUUGUUAUUUUGGUAAUUGUUGCUCUGUUGAAGGAUGCUUCUUUAGAUCGAAAACGCAUGUGGAUCCCGCUAAAAGUGUAUCUAGUGGCGGUGACCAGUCAUGACCUUUCUAUGGGAGGAUCUUUUUAGUGGAGUCAAACGAGGUGUAUCCAUCUAUGCUGUCUCCUGUUUGAACGAUCGCACUUCAAAUAUGUCCUUACAACCUUCUGAUGAAGAGAUUAUUCUAGUCCAAGCCCCGUGCCUGGAUAAGUCUUUGCUUUGCGCUUCUCUGAGACUGCUAGAGGAGCCAUGGACGUCGUUGCUUUAGUGAGUGGAGGCAAGGACAGUUGUUAUGCAAUGCUCAAAUGCGUAGAGUAUGGCCAUAAGAUCGUUGCCUUGGCGAACUUGAUGCCUCUGGAUGAUGCUGUGGAUGAAUUAGACAGCUAUAUGUAUCAAACAGUUGGACAUCAAAUUGUGGUUAGCUACGCAACGUGCAUGGGCAUCCCCUUGUUCAGAAGACGCAUAAAAGGAUCUACUAGGCAUCAGGAUCUUAGAUAUAUGAAAACUUCAGGGGAUGAAGUUGAAGAUAUGCUUGUUUUGUUAAGUGAAAUAAAGCGCCAAAUCCCUUCCAUCUCAGCUGUGUCAUCUGGUGCAAUUGCCUCUGAUUAUCAAAGGUUGCGAGUGGAGAAUGUAUGCUCGAGAUUAGGGCUCAUUUCUUUGGCAUAUUUGUGGAAACAAGACCAAUCUCUUCUCCUCCAAGAAAUGAUAUCAAAUGGAAUUGUUGCGGUCCUCAUAAAGGUUGCAUCAAUGGGCUUGGACCCUGCUAAGCAUUUAGGCUGUGAGCUUACACAUAUGCAACAAUACUUGCAUGACCUAAAUAGGUUGUAUGGGAUAAAUGUGUGUGGUGAAGGAGGAGAGUAUGAAACAUUAACUCUUGACUGUCCCCUCUUUAAGAAUGCAAGUAUUGUCCUCGACAAAUUCCAAGUAGUGAUGCACUCCUCAGACUCCAUAGCGCCGGUCGGUAUACUACAUCCUACAGCAUUCCAUUUGGAGCCAAAAACUGAAUCCCAUUCUUCAGGUGACACACUGAGUGCCGCCUGUUUAAAGGAAAUAGAUUCUGUUCAAGAGGUGCACGGGAAUCUCAUAUCUAACACAGAAGAAGUCAAGCCUCAUUCUGUUGAAAUGAAUCCUCAAAGUGCCAAGCAAGUGACACUUAACAUUUCUAGAACCAGAAGAAAUUCAUUUUCAAUUGGAUGUUGGAUCCAAAGGUCUGGUCCUUCAAAAGAUGUGCAGAAUGAUUUAGCAGCUGUCCUAAAAGCAAUCGACUCCCAACUCUAUAAAGAUGGUCUAAGCUGGAAUGAUGUUCUCUACAUUCACCUCUAUCUUGCUGACAUGAAGCAAUUUGCUGCUGCAAAUAAGACAUAUGUUUCUUUCAUAAGGGAAGAAGAUUGCAGUUUAGGUGUCCCAUCUCGUAGCACAGUUGAGCUUCCUUUGGUGCAAGUUGGCCUGGGGAAUGUGUAUGUUGAAGUAUUAGUGGCGACAGACCAAAGUAAGCGUGUUCUUCAUGUUCAGAGUAUUUCCUGCUGGGCACCGAGUUGUAUUGGCCCCUACAGCCAGGCUACAUUGUACAAACAGUUGCUCCAGAUGGCUGGACAGCUGGGACUUGAUCCGCCUACCAUGAUGCUUUGUGCUGGGGGUGCCACUAUGGAGCUGAAACAAGCAGUAAGAAACUGUGAAGCAGUAGCUGACAGCUUCAACUGUGAUGUAGUUUCAUCUGGAAUUCUUGUUGUGGUUUACUGUUCUGAAGCUAUGACAUCCUCUGAGAGAAUCCAGAUUCAGAACGAAGAGGAGAUGUCAUUCAAGAGACAAGAAAGUGUGGAACUGAAGAAAGGAAAUUGUCAAGCCUUGAGCCCAAUGAUUCUUUAUAUCCUCGUGCCUAACCUUCCAAAAGGGGCACUUGUUGAAGUGAAGCCUCUCCUUUAUGUCCCAGAUGAUGGGAAGACUUCAUCAUCAAUUAAUGCUUCUAUACAAUAUGAUGCAAAUUCAUUGGAAUUUUGGGGCUUUGGACAUAUGAAGUGGCAUGACUCUUGCUGCCAGAAGUACAUUGUCCAUGAAAAGAUAUGCAUGUCUGUGGUAUCUGUCACUGAUGAGCAUGUGGCAAGGUUAUGUUCAGAAGCAGAUGGGAGUGUUUCUGAUUGUCAUGACCAUUUUACAUCAGCAAAAAUGUUGAAAAGACUAGCAAGAUUUUGCCUUUAUCUUAUCGACAAAACAUUGUUCGAGUAUGACUUCUGCUGGGAAGAAGUGAAGACUUUGAGGGUCUACUUCAACAUAGGUUUCUGCACGGAUGCAAUUAACCUAGCCAUCCUGUUUGCUGACUCGUUCAAGGAAUUCACGGCCGUCACAAAAAGGACAGGAACAAUUGAAAUACCGAUGCUUAAUGCAAUUCCUGUACUAGGUGCUGGUCGGACAACAGCUAUGGAGAGUUUGCUCACUUGUGAGUUAUUUGCUUCCAAAAUUUAGUUCUUACCUCAGCAUUUUGCUUCAUAGGCACUGGAAAUUUUCAGUUUUUCCGUGUGGAAAAACAGCUGCCAUUUGUUACGAGGCAAAUCUCUUGUUUGCCAAAUGUUGUGUUUUAGCUUUUCAAGUCUAGUCACUAGCUCAAUAAGAGGCAAAUCUCUUGUUUGCCAGAGCAUGUCAAUUGUGUUUGAAGACUUGUGUUUGAAGACUCUAUUUAUCACAAGCUAAAGAAGAAUAUCUUUUUUGUCUA